CGCUUGCGCAUAACCUAAGACAUAACCCCGUCACCCCGUCGCGUGUGCGGUGUACACGUGAGGAGGUGUCCGGGAGGUGUACGUACUCGUCGUUCGCGCGGCAUCUGACUACUGUGCACGUAUCGAUGGUGAGCAGGAAGUGUGCACGAGUCGUCUCGUGACAUCCCGGGCGGUUUCAAAAGCGAGCCGUUUUAUCUGCGAUUUCAUACGUGAUUAUGCUGUAUAGACGCGCGAUCGUGCGCCGACAGUAUGUACACGCAUAUAUUACUGCACACGCUGUUAAAACUCGCGCAUUUCCUACAUAAUGUGUACAUCGCGAUUCGCUACGCCUGCAUCGUCGGUUACCGCAAGUGCACGGGUCUCUUGUGCGCGAGGACGGAGCUCGACCUGCUCCUGCGUAUGCGCGCGAAAACCAAGAAGAUACCCAGGCACUUGGUAAUCGUGUUAGGACUGUGCGACGAGUCGGUCCUGGACUGUGUGCGUAUAAUAGGAUGGUGCAUUGCACUUAAUAUACCUUACAUCAGCUUCUUUGACCGUAAUGGUUUCUUGAAAAAAAAUGAAGCAAAUCUUAAAGAAGAAUUUGCAAAAAAGCGGCCUGAUUUAAUAGAGCAUAUUAUUUGGAAUUCACAUACAAAGCCACCUAGUCAAAAUGGAAUAACUGGCAGCAAGUCAAAAAUAAAUGUAUUAUUACUAUCUGAUACAGAUAAUAAAGGGAAAAUAGUAACAUUAGUGCAAUCAUUGACAAGAGCUGUAUCUUUGGGGAAACUUGACCCAGAAGAUAUUACAGAUCAAUUAAUAUCUGAGAAGUUAAAUAUGAAAGGAUUGCCCAAUCCUGAUCUUGCUUUAAUAUAUGGCUACACUUGUUCCACACAUGGUCUACUACCAUUGCACACAAGAACAACAGAGUUUUUAACGCUACCGUUGUACAUUAGUAUAUCAGUGGAAGAUUUCAUAUAUCUACUAGAAAGAUAUAGUAAAUUUGUACAACGGUAUGGGAAAUGAUACAUAAAUGAUACAUGUAUAUAAUUGAUCUUAUUUAUAUAAAACUGCAUUUCAAUAAGGAAAAAUAAAUUAUCGUGAAGACUGAGCGUCUAAUAUAAUUAUUUU